UCGCGUAUUCAAUCAUUGUUGAGAUCAAUUUUUAUUGAAUUACUCUUUCUUUUUGUUAUUGCUCCAGCUCAACCCAAUCUCUUUGUCUUUCAUCCAUAGGAGCAAUUGUUUUGUUUCAACAGCUUGUUGGUCAGAUUAUUGGUUAUCUAUCAGUGUUUUGAUUUUUUCAUUGUUAUUCUGGCUAUUAAUAGGAAACCAUGGAAGAUCCUGACAUACUUAUUCCUACAGAAGGUGAUUUAAUUGUACCAAUUCAAGUUAAAUAUGAAUUUCUUGACCACACAGCCGAUGUCCAGGGGUGAUUCGUUGAAAGAAGCCUUUGAACAAGCUGCUGUGGCUAUGUCAGCUUACAUGACCGACAUCAAGUCCGUCUCGAUUGAUAAAGUAGUUGAGAUUCAGGUUCAAGGCGAAGAUAUGCUUUCUCUGUUGUACCAGUUUUUGGAUGAAGUUUUAUUCCUUUUCAAUGCAGAGCCAAAUUUAAUUUGCAAGAAAGUGGAGAUAGUCGAGUUUGAUCAAGAAGAGUUCACCAUAAAGGCUCGAUGUUGUGGAGAGGUAUUCGACUUGGAUAAACACCCUCAAGGAACAGAAAUCAAGGCUAUAACUUAUUCAAAUAUGCAGAUACACGAUAAAGAGGUGUAUGUAAUAAUCGACAUUUGAAGAAUUGUAAUUUACUGAUUGUCUCUACUGUUACCCAAAAGACUCAAUAAAUCGAUUAUUUUUGGAUGCAAAAAUGAUCAUAUAACUAUUCA